AUGGAAUCUCAGAUCGUACAUAAACCUUUUCCUGCUGUUGUUGUUACACCAGUAAUUACAUUCCCUGAACAUAGAGUCGAUGCUUUUAUUAAAAAACUCGAUUAUCCUUCUGGUUUUAAUGAAACUUAUACGCGAGAAGUGAUACAACAGUUAGCAGCAUUUUUUUCACCUGAUGUGCCGUAUAAAUUGGCGGAUUUAGAUAACAUCGAAAAAAUUCUGGAAUACAAUCGUUUGGAUAUUGAAGCAUCUGGAAUUAAAUUAACGGAAUCCUGUGAAGAGACUAUUACAAGGGAAGUAAGGGAAGUUCAUUUACAACGGAACACUUCUUCGCAUAAAUGGUAUGAAGUUUCAGGUAUCACCAGUGCUCUCAUGUUAGUUAUCAACCAAAGUCUGCCGACGCUAUUUGAUAUAAACCUUUCGUAUAAAUGGGUAACGUAA